GAAACCAACUGAACGAACUCGUGUCGCAUACCUAUCAGACGAGAAGGUUACCUUGGGAUUUCGAAGGGGACAGUCGUCAGGUGCGCAACGGUUGUUCCGAGUUUUCUUUUUUUCAACUUGUUAUUUCGUAUUUUGUAUUUCACUCAUUUUUGCAAUUGGCCGUAUCGAACCUGAAAGGGAUCGGGUGCAAUUAAACACUAAGAAGAAGAAGAAGAGAAGGUUACCUUCUUUCCAAGUCAUCUGGAUACAAUGAGUAAGAUGUACGAUGAUUAUAACGAGUAUGACGCGUACGACGAUUACGGGCCGCCGGACGUUCACGAUCAGUACGAUCGGCCGAGCUAUCGGCAAGUGCCCGAAAUGGUGCGCAACUUCUUGGUAUUCCUGCGUAAUUGCAUCAACGAGGGCAUGAUCUUCGAGAUUCAAAAUCUCUACGAGAACUCAUUCCCCAAGCUGUCGGAGCAGCUGUUCGACAAGUCGCCAUGGCCGGACGCCUCGACAAUCGCUCACAUCGUUGACAACGAUCCGGUCUUCCUGACCCUUUACAAAGAAUUGUACUACCGUCACAUCUAUGCGCGCAUGCAAGGUCCAACGUUGGAGCAGCGUCUCAAUUCCUUCUACAACUACUGCGACCUGUUCAACUACAUCCUACAUCCCGACACGCCGGUGCAACUGGAGCUGCCCGAUCAGUGGCUGUGGGAGUUAAUUGACGAGUUUGUUUAUCAGUUCCAGUCGUUCGCCCAAUACCGUGCCAAUCUGUCAAACAAGACACCAGACGAGAUUGAGAAUCUGAACGCUCAUAACAAGAUCUGGGACGUUCUGUGCGUGCUGAAUGUCUUGCACUAUCUGGUCGAUAAGUCCAAGAUCAAGAGCCAGUUGGAGGUUUACGCGAGCGGCGGCGACCCGGAUUCCGUGGCCGGUGCCUUUGGCAGGCAUUCCUUGUACAAGAUGCUUGGUUAUUUCUCGCUCGUUGGUCUUCUGAGAUUGCACUCCCUGCUGGGUGAUUAUUACCAGGCGAUCAAAGUGCUAGAGAACGUGGAGCUGUAUAAGAAGAGCGCGUACUCUCACGUACCCGGUUGUCAGAUCUCGACUGCGUACUAUGUGGGCUUUGCCUACAUGAUGAUGCGCCGAUAUGCCGACGCGAUUAGGACGUUCUCGGGUAUCCUGCUGUACAUUCAGCGCACGAAGCAGCUGUUCGCCACGCGAAGUUAUCAGAACGAUCAGAUCAAUAAGCAGACUGAGCAGAUGUAUCAUUUACUCGCCAUCUGCCUGGUACUGCAUCCACAGUGCAUUGACGAGGGCCUGCAGCAGGCACUGCGGGACAAGAACUAUCACGAAAAGAUGUACAAGAUGCAAUAUGGCGACCUCUCCGAAUUUGAGAACUGCUUCGUGUUUGCCUGCCCUAAAUUCCUGUCGCUGACGCCACCGAAUCCGGAUAAUCCCAACGAAGAUUACGUUCGUGAGGCCAUCAAGCAUCAGACCCAGGUGUUCAUGGAUGAGGUGGUACAGCAGAAGAUGUUGCCGACUAUUCGUUCGUAUUUGAAGCUCUACACAACAUUGCCGUUGAGCAAAUUGGCCACGUUCAUGGGUAACAAUAGAGACGAAGGCUGGGACUUGGCCAAGGAAGUCAACGCGUUGACGAUACAUUUACUCUGCUUCAAACACAAAAUGAAGAAUAUCGUUUGGACAAAAGGCACGUCGGGAUUAGACGGAAAAUUCCAGUCCGGAUCUGAGUUGGAUUUCUAUAUCGAUCACGAUAUGAUUCACAUCGCUGACACGAAAGUAGCGCAUCGCUAUGGAGACUUUUUCAUUCGCAAAAUACUGAAGUUUGAAGAAUUGAAUCGUAAACUGCAUCAUAUAAAAAUUUAAUUUGUUUUGUAUAUUACACAAAUAUUAAUAAGCAUUUUGACAUCGCGUAUAAAGAAUAAUAAAGAUUUUAAAAAUAAAUAUUUUUUAUUAAACACUCUUCACAUAUAAAGAUUUCCGAAUUAUAAUAAACUGUAUACUUUGCGUUUUGCAGUAUAUUAUUCUACGUUGUAGCACAAUGUAGAAAUAACAACAUGCAAUGUAUUUUUAUAUCCUACAAAAUAGGAUUAAUCGAUCGCGUUUGCGCUAAAUAUGCAGUAAAAAUAUGAGAUAAUAUGAAUAAAUACAUUUUCUA